AUGUCUGCCCGCGAUGGCUUCCCCGGGGACAAGAGGAAAACAUCGCUUUCUAAUUUCAUUAGCAAGAUUCUCCCGAGCCAUCGCCCAGAACAGGGUGGCACAGUACGCGGUCCUCAUGUUACAAAUGACAGCGACUCUGCCUACCUCGACUUGGGCAUGAAUCCUAAUGAUUUGACUGAAUGGAACUUAGCUCAAGAUCCUCCCGUCACGCCUCCGCCACCAGAGCAAAUCGCCAAUAGUCAGCAACAUAUGAACAAGAACCCGAGUACCCAACGAGGACGCUCUCGGCUGCGCGAUAAGCUCAUUCAGCCAUCCCGCAUUCCUCGGCGGACACCUGGUCCUGACUUUGCCUUGCCACAAAAGUCGCUAGAAGAUCCACAAGCUCUCGAGAGUUCCUCCAGAGUAUGGAGACAACGUGAUAAGUCCCAGCCCAUAACAACGGGUGAGAUUCACGAUGCGCUUAAGACCAAAGAGGCCAGACGGAAAAGCAGGCGAAGCUUGAAGGAAAGUGGUGACUGGCUGGGCGUCCAAGGUGCCGACCCAUACUCGGGUGAGUUCGCUGUACUUACACCGACGAGUACUCUGAGCUCAGAGACCACUCCGCCCUCUGCCAAGUUUCGACUGGCACAGUUAUCGGAGAGACGGAGAGGGGCCAUAGCUGCCUACGAGGAGGCCAGGUUAGAGGAACAAGCAGAGACAGAGAAGAUUCUGCUUCAAAAAGGACGGUCAAGACUUGAAAAGAUGGAACACGCCAAAGAACAACGUCGGCAGAUGCAACAAAGGUUCCCAACGUGGAGCCAACACAGGCGGCGUUGGUCGUCAGUCCACGACCACGAACCUGUCUUGAGUCCGAUUCCACAAUCUCUGAAGAGUAACAAAGUUGACGGCAGUUCUGAUGAGGCCCUCCCCAUCGUUUCCGUUCGCAAUUUCUCACGUCCGUCAAAAUCCACUGGAGGAUCUGCUGUAGGUGAAUCCGAAAAUGUUGUACAUCCAGGCGGUUCUGAGAACAUUGGCUCUUCCAAGCAUGAUCGCCGUAAGAGUCGGUCUACUGAAACCGUAAUUCGACAAGUUCUACCGAAAAUGAAGCGUUCAGCUAUACCUACCAAAUCAGCGAAGAUACACUACCACCCUGUAUUCUCAGAGACCAGUGAUUCGCCGCUCGAUGAGCAGAACAAGGAGAAGCAUUUUUUAUGGAGGCGCCACCGAAGAAUGUCAGAUCCAGGGAAACAGCGCAAACGUUCCAAGGCCCUAAUGAUCCAUUCUUCGGCAAGAAAGACAGAGGAAAAUCUCGCGUUCACUUUCGUGGACAAUCCCCCUCCUUUACCACGCCUAUACACACAGAAACCAAAGGACCACUUCCAAAACCUGCCUAUUCCAGACCAUCGUCUCAAUCUGCUGCCUUACGUGGAGCAGUUUAUGGCGAUGAAAAGAUCGUCGAUUCGCACAGAGACAGAUCUAUUACCUGUAACAUCGCUGAGCCCAGUGCAGGAUCAGAGCAGGCCGACCCUCAGGUUGGCAACAAACCUGUCAGCCUUCCAGGAAUCUCAAACCGACCCUCAGAGCUCCAUAUCAGACGCCAAAGGAGCUACAGCGAUCUCAUUCCCGUCGAAACCGAGAGGGAACACGACGCCGCCACCAAAUUUCCGACGAGUGAUCCCUCUCCGAAGCUCUUCAUUCCAAGCAGGAGUGUUAACGACGCAAGAAUCCCAGAUACACAUUCAAACCACCCGCGCGACUCAAAGUCACAGCGAUCUAAAUCUCCCCAAAAACACGACUGGACCUCAGAGCCUUCACCAUCAGCCAAGUCUCCAAGAGCCCCUUAGAUCGGAGAUCCCGGAGGAUCAUAUAGGCAUCAAUAUGAGCGACCAUCGAGAAAGAGACCGGGGAGAAUCUGUGUCCACACCCACCAUCAUCAUUACUGGCUUCGAUCACCAUCAACAACUCCUAUCCAAAGGAAUCCAGUCGCAGAUGGAGUGUCAGAAGAACCAGAAGAGCAACAUCGUAGAAGAGGACAGAGAGGUGGUGAUUUUGAAUUACCACGACGACGAGCCAGCGCCACAAAAACAAGGGCGUCAGAUAACGUCUUCCCUUCCCACCGUGCCACAGAACGACUUGCAGAAUUUUGUGCUCGCCCACGAGACAGCAGAGAUCGGUACUGUAUCGGCAGGGCUUGCGAUAAAGGAGAUAGAUUCAACACACAUGACCCAAUACAAGGGGCAACACGAUCUUUAUCAGAGCCCCGGGGACUUACCUACCAAGCACACCUCGAAAGAAGUACACGAGUCCCCCAUUGUUCAUCCGCAGCAACACCACGACACCAGCGAGGAUCAGAGCACGCAGACCGACGACACAGAUACCGAAGUGACAGAUUACAUGCACCACGACCAGAGCAACAAGGCCCGAACAACUCGUCGGCGUCAGGGGCCUGGCGAGCUCACAGAGGCUAUGAUCCAAGAGGCCGCGCGGAUCGCCAUGCAGAGGUCUCGGGCCAGAGAAAUUGUAACAAGGAGCCGGACUCCCAGCAGGACCCCCAGCCCACGCACCACCACAACCGCCACCACCGCCACCAAGGAGACGAGAGCGGACGCAGGCAGCCCUCUGAAUGGCGGAGAAAGUGGAGUCACUGGUGUCCUUUCUAGUUGUGAUAUGGACUUGCGGAAGAAGAUUGAAAGUGUAGAGAAGCGCAAGAGAACGGUUCAAAGUACAAAAACGAAAGAGCAGGAGACAAGGACUAUUGGAAUUGUGAACAAGGCUGGAACUGCAAAUGGGGCUGUGAAGGGAGAUGGAAAGGAAAAUGGAAAUGCAUAUGUACUCGUCCUGGUGUCCCUCGUCAUCGUGGCGUACAUGAUCCUCCUCGGCCUCGCGAGUGCCUGGUGGGUCGUCGUUCAACCCGCGUUCGACACUAGGAGCGAGCUCUGGAGACGCAAGCGCAGGGGGCAGACUACGGGCGAAGAUGUCGGCGUCUUUGUUGCGGCGGGUGCGUUUUGCGUUGGGGGAGUUUUGGUCCUUGGGGGUCUUGUUAGGGGGGUGGUUUGGGUUAUGGGUGCGUGA